ACUUUUAAAAACUAAUUUUUUUUAAAAGAAUUCUAUGACACUUUCUGGAAAAAACAAUGGAACAAUAGCAGUAUCCUCAGCAUCAUCUAUAGGUCUUCUUGCAGAACUUUCUCGUGUUAGAGAUAAAUUUGAACGAGAAAAAUUAGAGAAACUAGAUAAACCCAGCAGCUCUAAUGAAAAAAAGAAAACGUUAUUGACAAAAUCAAAUAUAGGUAUAGAAUAUCGCGCAGCAAAAGAUAGAUAUGAACAAGAGAAUAUUUUGGAACAUGAAAUUAAAGCAUCAAGAACGGCUUUGAAGAGAAAAGCUAUUCAAUAUCAAAUGAUGAAAAGAGGUGCUCAUGAUAUGAGCAUAAAAGGUGUAAUGGCAGAGAAUUUACUUGUGGAUUUUGAUAGAAAAUGGGCAGAGCAUCAGGAACUUGAAACAAGUUCAUCCUCAGAAAGUGAAGUAGAUGAAGAAAACAAUCCAUGGGUCGAAUAUAUUGAUGAAUUUGGAAGGACAAGGAAAGUACGUAAAGUGGAUUUACCUAGGGCAAUUACACCGGAAGAAGAAAUUCCUAAAAAUAUUAUUUAUGGAGACUUUAUCCAACCGUUUAAUCCAGAUGAAGAGCUAGUCCAAAAAAUUCUUGAAGAGCCUGAUGAAUCAGCAGAAGCAUUUUAUGAUUCAACAAAAGAAAUUAGAACAAAAGGUGUCGGAUUUUAUCAGUUUUCGAAAGACGCACAAAAAAGAGAAGAAGAAAGAAAAGCUCUUGAAGAAGAGCAUAGACUUACAGAGCUAAUGAAACAAAAUUUAGAAUGGGCGUACGAUAAAAGACAAAAAAAGCUAAACGAAAGAAAAAAAGAAAUAGAAAAAAGGAGGCAUAAAAAUAUAGGAGAACAAUGGUUAAGUAACACUAUGGACAUAUAUUCAUUAGAAAAAUGUCAAAAAAAUUAAAAUUUAAUAAAUAUUUCACAAACUAUAAAAAAUAUUAAAAACUAUU